AUGGCGACUUGGGCGCGUUUCAAGUUGCUUCUACUCAUGAUCGCCACGCUAGCGACCAUGGUCGUUGCUGAGGCUGAAUGCCACCACCUUGAGACUGUUUUACUUCAGGAUCCUACUACUGGUGAACAGUUCUCGGCUGGUAAAGUCAACCCUCUGCCUCGUUUCUUGUUUAGUCGUGCUGCUCGUCAGUACCACAGCCUCAUCACUGUGACUGUCACCGAGAUUACUUGCGGUCCUGACACUCAGGAUUCUACUACCACUGUUACCACAGACGUUCCUUGCACUACUGGUCACACUACUGUUCCUGUCACUGUUGAGACUACCAUCUCAGUAUCAGCUCAAACUCCUGUGCAGGUGGUUUCUCAGACCACGGUGCCAGUUGCUCCUCAUACUUCUGUUUCCAGCAUCCCUAAGGCGUCAACGCAGACUACCGUGCCAGUUGCUCCUCACACUUCUGUAUCCAGCACUCCUGAGGUGGCUCCCCAGUCUUCUGCUUCUGACACCACCCUGGUGACUUCUCAAUCUUCUGCUCCUAGGACUCCCAGUGCUCCUCGGGUGUCCACUGGAAGUAGCCCUGGUUCCUCCAAGGUUACUGCCACCACUACUGUGUCAGGCUUCUCUCCUUCUCCCCACGUUACCAGCAUGGCCCCGGUUUCUUUCACGACUACUGAGCAAACCAACUCCACUGCUGCCGUUUUUGCUACUGCUUCGGUUGCCAAGUCAGGUUCCUCUUCCAGUCUCAAUGCUACCGGAAUUUUACCGGUCCAUGCCACCACUGUUGAGGACUACACUACCUCCACAAUUCCUGUGUCUGCUACCGAGGUGACUACCAGCAUCGUUACCUCUUCUCGUCCCUCUGAGUUGAUUCCUGCUCCUGAUAGCACUGCAAUCACCUAUACAAACUCGACUGUACCCCAAGCUCCUGGACCUGUGACCGAAGUGACCACUGAUUACCUCACAUUUCCUUGCACCGAAUCUACCGAGUUGGCUCCUACCCCAUGGACUACUGUAAUCACUGUAACAGUUGAGGUUCUUUGCACUGAGACCACCCGGUGCCUCACCACAAGCGUUCUCACUACUAAUACUCUGUUGAUUUCUAACACUACAGCCGUCCCUGCUGCUGCACCACAUGUGGCCACUACCACAGAGAUUCAGCCGGUUGCCCCAACUCCUGAGAAGACUAUCACCGUCUCAGUGACUCCUAUUCCGGCCACUGUCCCAGUUUCACACCUCACUACUGAAGUUGCGACCACUGUCAUUCAGCCAACUCUUCCUGCUCCCCUUCCUCAAGAGACCACCAAGCUUGUGGCCACUGUUGUUCAGCCAAAUGUCCCCGGUGCCCUUCCUCAGGAGACCACAAAGGUUGUGACCACUGUCAUUCAGCCAACUGUUCCUGCUCCUGCUCCGCACACCACUACUGGGCUUGUGGCCAUUAUCAUCAAUCCAACUGUUCCUGGUGUCGUUCCUCAGGAGAUCACAAAGUUGGCGACGACUGCGAUCAAACUUACUGUUCCAGCUCCCAACCCGCACGAGACCACUGUUGCCAAGCCCACUGAGCUGAUUCCACUCCCCGAGGCCACCGCUGUCGAAGCUUCUACCCAAGUAAAGGCUCCUGCUCCACCUACUCAACAAAUCACUACGAAGGCGGAGACUACGGAGACCAACCCGAUCGCCGAGGUUCCCACUACACUGGCUACUACUGUUGUGCCAAAGCUUCCGGCGACUCAGGCCGCGGGUGGCAAGCCCGGCUCCCAGCUCCCAGCUCCUAUUCGGCCAAUCAAGGGGACUGGUAGCUCGGCUCCUCCCAGGCCUUCUUCGAGCCCUAUCUUCAAUGAUGCUAAUAGUGCUGGGAUUGUGGACAGCCGUCUCUUCACCAUGAGCAUUAUCAUUAUGUUCUCUCAUAUUGUCCACUUGGCGAUUCAAUGA